AUGUCUCGGCAUCAACUUGAUCUUGUUAUGUGCUUGAAACAGCCUGGAACCUUUAUAGGCAAAGUAUGCGAUAGAUGCGACGGGAGAUGCCCUACGUGCGACUCGUACGUCAGGCCUAAGUAUAAAGUCAGGAUUUGUCAAGAGUGUGCGUUUGGUGCAAAUGCCAACCGUUGCGUUAUAUGUGGUCAAUAUGGUAAUAAUGAUGCGCACUACUGCUGGGAAUGCUGUCGAUUAGAGAAGAAUCGUGACGGUUGUCCCAAAAUUGUGAAUGUGGGAAGUAAUAAAUUGAAUAAGCACUACGAAAGGAAACCAAUGGAUGCGGGAUUCUAG